UUUAAAAUGUCACUUUAUAAGUUAACCCGGCCGUAUUGGCAUGUGUUGCAAUGUUAAGAUUUCAUCAUUGAUAUAUAAACUAUCAGACUGUGUGGUCGCUAGUAGUGGCUUUCAGUAGGCCUUUAAAUUGUCAGGAAAGAAGAGGAAGGAAUUUAAAAGGUAAAAAUUUAUAUUUGUUUAAAAAUCUUAAAGUAAUUUUUAAGGUUGUAUUUUUUUCUCUAAAAUUGUCUUUCUGAAAGUUAUAAGAAGCAAAGUAAAAAAAAUAAAUGAAUUCAUUUAAACAAGUGAAGACCAAGUCUUUAAAAUAUUUUCUUGGAUUUUCAAAUUGUAUUUGAGUUUUGUCUCUCUUAGAAUUAGAAAUGUCGAGCAAAGUGAGACCAGCGUGCUAGUAAAUAAAUACAAUUUAAAAAGUAGAGGCAGCUCACUGGUAAGUGCUGCUAUUUGAGCUAUUUUUAGAACAGGCCAGCGGGCUACUCAUCUGGUCCUUACGGGCGACCUGGUGCCCGCGGGCACCGCCUUGGUGACCCCUGGUCUACUUGUUCAUACAAUAAUGUGUGUCAAAUGAGCUUUGACAGGGCGCAGGCUGGACUCUGGAGCCUACGUUAGCUGUCACCUGGCUGUGCUACACUCUGGACAAGUCACUAGUUCAUUACAAAAAACAGUCGCCAGUUGAUUGUAGAGCAAGGAUGUGACUGUGCAUGUGUGUUACACACAUAUCACUGUCGGACAAACAUGUGCGCCCAUUAGAGGCUGCAUUGAAUUGUAUUGUGACACAUUCAACUUCUACUCAGUAAGAAACAUUGUUCUUAAUAAUAACUGAAUAAUGACCUUAGUUACCUUAUCAUGAUGUGUUGCAUGUGCUCUUGUAAAAUGUGUCAUUGAAUAAUAAUACAGCAUUUACAUAAUAAUACUCUGACUUGGUAAGUGGUUCAUCAUGAAAGAAAAUGAAACAAAUUGGGUGCAUGACGCCAGGCACUAGGGGUGUGGGAAAAAAUCGAUUCAAAUUCGAAUCACGAUUCUCACGUUGAAUCGAUUCUCAUUUUUAAAAAAUCGAUUUUACACACAUAUACACAUUCUGUACAUGUACAAGUACAUAUGCAUACAUCUACUCAUGCACAUAAUCACGUUUCAUCAAACAUAUAUUAAUGUUGUUGCCCUAGAGCAGGGGUCGGCAACCCGCGGCUCCGGAGCCGCAUGCGGCUCCUUGACCACUCUGAUGCGGCUCAGCUACAUACAUGCCGAACCCCCCGAUUUUCCCAGGAGAUUUAUGGAUCUCAGUGUCUCUCAUAGAUUACUCCCAGGGAAAAAAUAAUCCUAUUUACACUCUAAUUACUAAAUAAAGGGCGUGCUGUAAUUGCACUGCAGUAAUUGUCCUCUAUAGCAUUUACAUACAGCGUGCCAGUCCAGCCACAUGUUGCAUGUUGUUAUUACUUGCACACACAGGAGACAGCAAAGCAUACUUACUCAUCAGCCACACAGCUUACACUGACGGUAGCCAUAUCAAACAACUUUAACAUUGUUACGUUACAAAUAUGCGCCACACUGUGAACCCACACCAAAAAAGAAUGAAAAACACAUUUCUGGAGAACAUCCCACCGUAACACAACAUAAACACAACACAACCAUUACCCAGAAUCCCAUGCAGCCCCUAUCUCUUCCGGUCUACAUUAUUACAUUAUACACCCCGCUACCACCAAAUCCCCCCACACAUCAACCCCCCCCCCCCCUCUCCGUGCGUUGGUUGAGCGGAAGAGUUAGGGCUGCAUGGGAUUCUGGGUAUUGGCACCGUCAGUGUAAGAUGUGUGGCUGCUGAGUUAGUACGCCUUGCUGUCACUUACGUGAGCAAGCUGAAAUUGCAUUUUACAUGUGGUCGAGCAGGUACACUGUUAGGGCCGACUGUAGAGGGCGCCAAAUGCAGGGUCAUCCCGCUCUGAUAUUCGGGAGUCUCCCGGGAAAAAUGAGAGGGUUGUCAAGUGUGAUGCUAUCAAGCGCCAAUCAUUCAAAACUCGCGGGCUGCAUUAACAUCAAAUUUCUACACUAAAGUGCGUUCCGGUGCAUGUGUCGGAGACCCCUGGUUAUCAUAGCACAAAGCAUUUAAGCUUUGUAUGCGGUGUUUUUCAUUUUAAAUUUAAUUUUUUUUUUUGUGGCUCCCAUUACUUUCUUUAAUUUGUGAAACUUGCCAAAAUGGCUCUUUGAGUGGUAAAGGUUGCCGACCCCUGCCCUAGAGUAAACUGGGUAUAACACAUGACACACUGACAAAGCUUAACCGAUUGUUACUAUAACAAUCUACAAGGUUAAUAUAGGUUGCGUCUCUUUCUUCCCCUCCAUUUUUCUGCAUUCUUUUGUAUCUCUAGUUAUCAUUACGUAUAUGUAUUGUUGCAUUUGAACAACUGUAUUGUUGAUAAUAAAGGUAGAUUAUUGGUAUUGUUCAUUAUCAAUAGCGCUAUUUCUAUUGGUAUUUGUAUUGCUCCAUUUGUAGUGUAAUAAUGCUCAUUGUCAUUUCUGUAUUAUUUUUUAUUUUCGCUAACUGCUUAUUUGCUAUCACUUUUACCAUCAUAUUUGUACAUGUCGUAUUUGCUGAUGUUGCUCUAUUGUUGUUGUUGUUGUUAUUGUUGUGUUUACUGUUGUUGUUUGUGUCUCUCUGUCUAAUCCCCCUCUUGUCCCCACAAUUCCCCCCUCUGUCUUCCUUUUUUCCUCUUUCUAUCCCCUCCUGCUCCGGCCCGGCUGCACCAAAUGAUAAUAUAAAUACAUUUAAUAAAGUCAAAUACAAAUAAGGCAACAAGAGAAGUAUCCUACACUUCUCUUUUGUAAAGUAAAUCUGAACAGCCGAUAUGGGCAUCUACAUCUGCUAUAUGAUUUGCCUGAGAAGCUGGACAGGACACAAAAAAAAUAAAAAAAUAAAUCAAAUUAAAUUAAAAUAAAAAUCGAUUUUUUAAUUUUUUUUUAAUUUUUUUUAUUUAUUUAAAUUAUUUUUAUUUUUUUAAAUUAAUCAAUCCAACAAAAAAAUACACAGCAAUACCGUAACAAUGCAAUCCAAUUCCAAAACCAAACCCGACCCAGCAACACUCAGAACUGCAAUAAACAGAACAAUUGAGAGGAGACACAAACACGACACAGAACUAACCAAAAGUAGUGAAACAAAAAUGAAUAUUAUCAACAACAGUAUCAAUAUUAGUUACAAUUUCAACAUAGCAGUGAUUAAAAAUCCCUCAUUGACAUUAUCAUUAGACAUUUAUAAAAAUAAAUAAAAAAGAACAAUAGUGUCACAGUGGCUUACACUUGCAUCGCAUCUCAUAAGCUUGACAACACACUGUGUCCAAUAUUUUCACAAAGAUAAAAUAUUUUUGGUUCAUUUAAUAGUUAAAACAAAUUUACAUUAUUGCAAUCAGUUGAUAAAACAUUGUCCUUUACAAUUAUAAAAGCUUUUUACAAAAAUCUACUACUCUGCUUGCAUGUCAGCAGACUGGGGUAGAUCCUGCUGAAAUCUAUGUAUUGAAUGAAUAGAGAAUCCUUUAAAAUCGGGAAAAUAUCGUUUUUGAAUCGAGAAUUGCGAUGAAUCGAGAAAAAAAAAUCGAUUUAGAAUCGAAUCGUGACCCCAAGAAUCGAUAUUGAAUCAAAUCGUGGGACACCCAAAGAUUCGCAGCUACCAGGCACUGUCAAGAAGAGUAAAAAAGACAAAGAUUGAAGGUGGCAAUGAAUGGGGUAGAGGGGCCCACAAAGAUACUCUUUCAGAGGGACCACAAUUCCCAGCAAGGGCCUUGACAAGCAAUAUUAAAUAGAUGAUAAAUAACUAUGAUAUCAAUAAAUGUAACAAUGUUAUAUAGCAAAGUAAAAGUUGUGUUUCUUAUCUAAGUAAAUGUAACUGGUUACUACUCACCUAUGUGGAUAAGUGUGUUCACUUUUGACAGCUACGACAAAAUUAAAGCAAAACAUAAUAAAAAUGAUUUAUUUGUCAUAAGAAACCAUCUUUAUCUUUCGUGACGGUCGCUGCGUUUAGAAACAAGCAUCCAGUCAAUGUUUGGCUUCACCGUGUCUAAUUUCACUUUCACUUUCUUUGAUAUUGUGCCAGCAGAAGCGUCUGCCUCACACUUUUCCCCCACGUUCAGCACUUUGGCCACAGCCAGUCAAUGGCAUUAAAAGUGACAAACAUCUUUUUGUUUCGUGCCGACAUCAUGGACUUGUUUUUAUUCUUUCUUCUGGUCGUGCAAAUGCACAGCGUGACGCCUGUGAUUCACACGCUGCAGUAUUUCCACACUGCAUCCUCUCAAGUUCCAAACUUCCCAGAGUGUGUGGUUGUUGGUUAUGUUGAUGGAGUUGAGAUUAGUUACUAUGACAGCAACAUCAGGAAAGCAGAAUCCAAACAGGACUGGAUGAACAAAAUCACAGCAGAGGAUCCAAAAUACUGGCAGAUAGAAACAGAGAUCAGUGUUCGUAAUGAGUUUAAUGACAAACACAACCUUGAAGUUCUUAAGAAGCGUUUCAACCAAACUGGAGGUGUUCACAUUGUCCAGAAGAUGUCAGGAUGUGAAUGGAAUGAUGAGACUGAUGAGGUUACAGGUUGGAAUCAGCAAGGUUAUGAUGGAGAAGAUUACAUAUUGUUGGACAUGAAGACAUGGACAUGGACUGCAGCAAAACCACAAGCUUUCCCCGACAAACUCCAGUGGGACCAGAACAUAUUUCUACUAGACUACAAAAAGUAUUAUUUCACUGAGGAUUGUCCUUCUUACUUGAAGAAGUAUGUGAACAAUGGGAAGAAGGUCCUAAUGAGAACAGAGCUUCCAGAGGUGUUCCUCCUCCAGAAGACGCCAUCCUCUCCAGUCACCUGCAUGGCGACAGGUUUCUACCCCGACCUCGCCGACCUGUUUUGGAGGAAAGACGGCGAGCAGAUGUUGGAGGACGUGGAGCACGGAGAGCUGCUCACCAACCACGACGGAACCUUCCAGAUGUCGGUGGAGCUGAAAGUGGAGGUGACGGCCGAGGUGGAGGGCAAGUACGAAUGUGUGUUCCAGCUGUCUGGCGUCAAGGAGGACCUGGUCACCAAGCUGGAGAGAAGAAGCAUCCUGAGCAACGCAAGCCAUGAAGACAACUUGAGCGUCGCCCUCGCUGCCACGGCGGCGGUCGUCGCUGUGGCGGCCGUCCUGGCGGCCAUCAUCAUGGUCAUGGUCAGGCGUCACAGAAACAGACAAGCCCAGUACGAUCCAGCUCGUAAGUAAAACAUCUUUUCUUUGAGCCGCAAGAAACAAAGCCGUGGUGAAGCGUCACUCACAUGGAGGUCUGAUGUGGACCUUUGUUACAAGUUUAGCCUGAAAAUCCCAACUUGGGCUGACUCCUUCACAAUAAAAGAGCCUCCUGUGAGCACACGCAAUACAAAGUGUGGCAUAUCUCACGUUUGACAUGAGUCCUCAUGAUGGGGAUCAGCCAAAUGAGACCUCAAGUGUGCUGACUCAUCAAGAAGGUAUCCUAGUCAGGAAGUAGAAGAGCAGCACUCUGCUUCUUCAUGUUUCCAAGUCACACCUCAAAGAUCUGAUGUGAGUGACGAGGCACCUUCUGGAUGUUCUUCCUUCACCGUUUGCGUUUGUCCCGCAGCUCGCCACGGCGGCGUGGAGCUCUCCGAGAGGGUGGCGGCUGAAGGCUGAGAUGCUUUGUGCACUGGAACACAGAGAGAUGUCUCCAUCGCUGAGGGACGUCAUGGAGAUGUGCUUUGUUCUUCAUCCCACUGCUCCUCACGCUAUUCCAUCUAUUCUUCUUUGGCCGUUAAAAUACUUUCAACAUCAAACGUUGGUGGCUAUAAAAUCAUUCGGGGCUCACGUUUCAUGGCCUUGACAUCAUGACGAGGAUUUCUUCUUUCUUUGAAUGGCCGCUGCUUAUGAUCAAUAUCACAUUGUGUCACAUCUCUGUCAAUAAAUCCGUUUGUUCUCCA